CUGGCGUCUGUGAAUGGACACGUGACCGUGGUGCAACGCCUGCUCCAGCGGUCGGCGAACCCAGACCUCACUGAUCUGAGCGGCAGCACGGCAUUGAUGCUGGCGAUAACAAACGGCCAAGCGAGCGUGAUUCAAAGUCUCAUCAACCGGUCGAUCCCUGAUGUCCUCUAUCCAGAUGGCAAGACGGUGCUCAUGAUGGCGAUAUCAUGUGGACUCGUCGAUGUGGCCGCCCAACUUUUGCAAAAAUCGCGCAAUGUGAACGCAGUCGACCGAGAUGGCAAGACAGCGUUGAUGAUUGCGUCCGCCAAAGGCUACGAAAAAGUGGUGCAGCAUUUUAUGAACCGAUCGAAUCGCGACCUUGACCCUGCCGCGCUCGACCUCGUCGAUCCCGACGGCAACACAGCGUUGAUCCUGGCCAUUCAAAACGGGCACGACGCGGUGGCUCAGUAUUUGAUUGCCCAAGGAGCCAACAUCAAUCUCACGGAUAAAGACGACAAGACGGCGUUGAUGAAGGCGUCGAUGGCCGGAGACACGGGUAUGGUGACAUCCAUCCUCAAAUUCGACAAAAGUGUGGACGUCCGGCUUGGAGACAAGGCAACUCGUAUGACGAGGCUGCCAUACUCAAGCACACGUGAUUUUAGGACGGGAAGACAGCGCUGA